AUGCUUCGUACACUCUUUUGCAUUGUUUUCAUACUAGCGGGGUCGAUUUUGGCUGCGCCGCCAAAAGCUGGCAGUGAUGAAUCGAAGCAGUACAUGGUCACCAAUUUGCCAGGACUCAGCCAGAUCAACGACGAUUUCAAGCCACUAAUGUAUGCCGGUCAACUAGAGCUAUUCGCUGAAAACAACACCAAUUACUUUUUUUGGAAAUUUACUGAUGGGAAUAAGAAUGCCAAUUCAACAUCUUACAAGCGCACAACGUUUUGGCUCAAUGGUGGACCUGGUUGCUCGUCCAUGGAUGGCGCAUUGUUAGAGUCGGGACCAUUCAGGAUAGACAAGUCUCAAAAUGUGGUUAUGAAUAAUGGGUCGUGGCAUAAGUCGAGUGAUGUUAUCUAUGUGGAUCAACCAGCAGGAACUGGGUUUAGUUACACAGAACAAGGAAAAUACGUGCAUGAGUUGUAUGACAUGGCAUUUUAUUUUAUCAAGUUUAUGGAGGAGUAUUACAAGAUUUACCCUGAAGAGCUAGACAAUGAUAUUUAUCUUGCUGGUGAAUCUUAUGCUGGUCAGUAUAUCCCUUAUAUUGCAAAGGCCAUACUUGAAAGAAACUCUCAUUUACAAGAGGGUCAAAAGGAGUAUAAACUAAAGGGUUUACUCAUUGGUAAUGGUUGGGUAUCACCAAAUGAGCAAAGUUUGGCAUACAUGCAUUUUUUUUUAAAAAGAGAUUUGAUCAAAAAAGAUAAUCCAAUGUUUCGUAGACUACUCGCAAAACAAGAAAGUUGUCAAAGAAUAGUGGACAAGAUUGAUGCCCAUUUCGAUGACAAAGAGGUUAACCAAAUUGAAGUUGAUUCAUCUGAGUGUGAAAGUAUAUUAACACAGUUGUUGUUGGCUACUCAAGAUAGCCUGGCUGCUCAUGAUCAGCAAUGUAUCAACAUGUAUGACUACACUUUGAGAGACUCGUAUCCAUCUUGUGGUAUGAACUGGCCGUAUGAAUUAAAAUAUGUGAAACCUUUUUUGAAUAAUGAUGAUAAUAAACACGAGUUGAAUUUAAAGAAAUUGAAAACUUGGAAUGAAUGCAGUGGCAGGGUAGGCAGAAACUUUAAUGCUCGUAAUUCAUUCCCCUCGGUGCAUUUACUUCCAGAUUUGCUAAAGCAAGUCCCCAUCGUCUUGUUCAAUGGAGCUAAUGAUAUCAUCUGCAACACCGAGGGAGUUUUACUGUACAUUUCCAAAUUAAAAUGGAAUGGUAUUAAAGGAUUUGAAAACACCGAUGCUAAAGCUGACUGGGUGCACGAUGAAAAGAAUGUGGGGUACUUGCUUCAAGAAAGAAACUUGACUUUUAUCAAUAUUUAUAAUUCCAGUCAUAUGGUACCAUACGACUUGCCUGAUGUUUCAAGGGCAUUACUCGACAUCAUUGCAGGUAACUUUGAUGAGAAAACAAUCGAUAAUAAACCAACGGUUGUGACUUAUCCUUUGGGAGUCAAGAGACAGGGUCAGGAUGCACUGCAUGACAAUGCUGAUGAAACACCAUCAGAAACAGCAACAUCCACAAACUCCAUUUCCAGCUCCACCACCACUGAGUCCAUUCCAAAAGCUUCAUCUACAGCAACUGCAAAUGACGAGCCAACUAGCCAUAAAGUCACCAGACUCAUUCAAUUGGCAGUUAUCAUUAUUGUCAUCUGGGGACUCUACUUGUUAUAUGCAUCAUACAGAGCUAGACCGGCAUCAAUUAUAAAGAAAUCUACCGCCGCUGCUGCAAGUGGCAGGAAGAAGAAUGUACAAUGGGCAGAUCAACUUCAUGAAGAUGGUGAGUUCGACCACCUACAGCAACAACAAGGGGGGUUCCUCGCUAAAACCUUUGGAAAAUUGACCGGCAAUAAUGGCUAUUCUAGAGCAAAUAGAGAGGACUAUGUUGACGACAUAGAGCUAGGUGAGAACGUUGGUGAUUCGCAAUUGGAUGAUUUCAUUAUUGCUAGCGAUGAUGAAGGAGAAGAUAGUAGAGUCCACAAUGAGAAUGAUGAUGAGGACUCAAGAAAGAAAGGGGCUAGUGAAAUUGUGUAG